ACUUUGACUAUGGAAACAGAGGCUAUUGAUGGCUAUAUAACGUGUGACAAUGAGCUUUCACCUGAAAGGGAGCACUCCAGUAUGGCAAUUGACCUCACCUCAAGCACACCCAAUGGACAGCACGCCUCACCAGGUCACAUGACAAGCACAAAUUCAGUAAAGCUAGAAAUGCAGAGUGAUGAAGAGUGUGACAGGAAACCCCUGAGCCGUGAAGAUGAGAUCAGGGGCCAUGAUGAAGGUAGCGGCCUAGAAGAACCCCUAAUUGAGAGCAGCGAGGUGGCUGACAACAGGAAAGUCCAGGAGCUUCAAGGCGAGGGAGGAAUCCGGCUUCCGAAUGGUAAACUGAAAUGUGACGUCUGUGGCAUGGUUUGCAUUGGGCCCAAUGUGCUUAUGGUACAUAAAAGGAGUCACACUGGUGAACGUCCCUUCCACUGUAACCAGUGUGGAGCUUCUUUCACUCAGAAGGGCAACCUUUUGAGACACAUAAAGUUACACUCUGGAGAGAAGCCGUUCAAAUGUCCUUUUUGUAGCUAUGCCUGUAGAAGAAGGGACGCCCUCACAGGACACCUCAGGACCCACUCUGUGGGUAAACCUCACAAGUGCAACUACUGUGGACGAAGCUACAAGCAGCGCAGUUCAUUGGAGGAGCACAAGGAGCGCUGCCACAACUAUCUGCAGAAUGUCAGCAUGGAGGCUGCCGGGCAGGCCAUGAGUCACCACGUACCUCCUAUGGAAGAUUGUAAGGAACAAGAGCCUAUCAUGGACAACAAUAUUUCUCUGGUGCCUUUUGAGAGACCUGCUGUCAUAGAGAAGCUCACAGGGAAUAUGGGAAAACGUAAAAGCUCCACUCCACAAAAGUUUGUGGGGGAAAAGCUCAUGCGAUUCAGCUACCCAGACAUUCACUUUGAUAUGAACUUAACAUAUGAGAAGGAGGCUGAGCUAAUGCAGUCUCAUAUGAUGGACCAAGCCAUCAACAAUGCAAUCACCUACCUUGGAGCUGAGGCCCUUCACCCACUGAUGCAGCACCCGCCAAGCACAAUCGCUGAGGUGGCCCCAGUUAUAAGCUCAGCUUAUUCUCAGGUCUAUCAUCCAAAUAGGAUAGAAAGACCCAUUAGCAGGGAAACCUCCGAUAGUCAUGAAAACAACAUGGAUGGUCCUCUCUCUCUCAUCAGACCAAAGAGUCGACCCCAGGAAAGAGAGGCCUCGCCCAGCAAUAGCUGCCUGGAUUCUACUGACUCAGAAAGCAGCCAUGAUGACCACCAGUCCUACCAAGGAAACCCUGCCUUAAAUCCCAAGAGGAAACAAAGCCCAGCUUACAUGAAGGAGGAUGUCAAGGCUUUGGAUACCACCAAGGCUCCUAAGGGCUCUCUGAAGGACAUCUACAAGGUCUUCAAUGGAGAAGGAGAACAGAUUAGGGCCUUCAAGUGUGAGCACUGCCGAGUCCUUUUCCUAGACCAUGUCAUGUACACCAUUCACAUGGGUUGCCAUGGCUACCGGGACCCACUGGAAUGCAACAUCUGUGGCUACAGAAGCCAGGACCGUUACGAGUUUUCAUCACACAUUGUUCGAGGGGAGCACACAUUCCAUUAGGCCUUUUCAUUCCAAAGGGGACCCCUAUGAAGUAACGAACUGCACAUGAAGAAAUACUGCACUUACAAUCCCACCUUCCCUCAGAUGUUGACAUACCUUUU